AUGGGCAUCAGCACACGCUCAGGCCUGUGGCGUCCAUCUGAAACCCGAGAAACGUGUCCUUCUGUGCCUCUGCUGUCUAAAGCCACCGUAUUCUGUGCCACACGGCUGAAGGGCUUUCUGUCCGCGGACAGCACCUUUCUGCCGGGAGUUUCUGCAGCAUUGCAGUGCUCUAGUGCAGAAAGAACUGACUUGAAGCAGCUCGUUAAGAUCUUCAGCAGCAGUACAGAUAACGAAGGAGCUGCUGCUGCUGGAUCUGCUCUGAUCACACCCGGUCUCCGCUUCAGGCGCGAGCUGCUCUCGGUGCUCGGUCAGAGUGCGCUCGCGGCCGUGACGUCACGGCGGUGCUCGGUGAGCUCGCGGAACGCGGAAGCGGAAGUCAGUGCCUGGAAGCUCUCCUGGGAAGAAGAUCAUUUGGAAGAGACGAACAUGUGGCCAAAUCAAGGACCUCCAUACGCAGGACCUCCAGCCAUUCAGCCGCCCAAUCCUGCCUUUCCUGCACCUCCAAACCCAGCAUAUCCAGCCAUGCCCAUCCCAUCCUACCCACCCGGACCCAACCCCGUCUAUCCUCCCGGCAUGAACCAGCCCUCAGCCAUGCCUUACAGCACACCAUACCAGCACCCCUUUCCCCCGGCUGUGACCGCGCCGCACGCGCCGUUCCCUGCAGCAGGACACCCCUGCCCUGUGCCGCAGUAUGGGGGUCCCCCGGCCGGAAUCGGCGCACCUGGACACAAGAAACACAAGAAGAUGAAGAAGAUGAAGAAAGGGCAUAAAGCUCACAAGGAGCAUAAACACAUGAAGCACGGCAAGCAUUCCUCGAGCAGUAGCAGCAGCAGCAGCAGUGACUGACUGAAGAGCAGCUCCUGAACCGAUUCCUCUGAUUUCACAAGUGUCAGGGCAGAGCCCCGCAGCAAUAACAUGAUAAACUAAUGCAGUGAUGUAUAGCACUUAAGUAAAUGUAUUUCUGUGAGUCUGAAUGCUUUUCUAAUCAAUUAACGAUCUUUAAAUAACGAGCUGUCCUUGUCAGGAGAUCCGCUCGUCUUCAUUAUGUAAUGUCAGACGUUUGCCUCUAUUUGAGAACGGACCAUUGUAAUUAAACAAGCUCACUUCCUUUAUGCAUUAAACUUACUUUGAAGAGAAAA